AUUGAAAGUGUUGAAAGUAGUCAAGAAAUACAAAAGAUUCCAUUUCCUCAAUUAAUUUAUUUGAAGAAUGCUGCACCUCUUUAUCGUAAACAACCCGCGUAGGUGGUUUGUUAUUAAACAAUCCACAGGAGUAAGAAAGAGUGGAAAGAGAUAAUACCGAGAGCAAAAAAACUUUGUUUUGCCAACAUUGAAGCGUUUUAUGUAUUGCGAUUGAGCCGCCAUCUCCCGUCUAUGCUCUCCGCAUGUGUGGCGCUCAAAAGAGAGGAGAGAAAAUAAAAUUGAGAGCAGGGUGCGUUUUUCGGGCAGGUACGCAGAUCCUGAUGAUGUUUGGGUGGUGUGUGACGUUUGUGGCCUGAAUUUGGUGCAAUUGUGCUAUUGAUUAAAGGAAAUCCAAAGGAUAAUCAUGUGGCAGCAUCGAAAAAUAAUCCUUAUCAGUUUAAUUCUCAUCCUGAGCCUUGUCUCCAUGUGCCUCAAAAAGCGGAAUUUGAGGCAUGGCAGUGAGAAGGAAAAUUUGACGGAAAUCAUGGAAAGGUCAAGGAUACUGAAGGAUAACCUCUGCGUGGACAUGGAGGCAAAUAGAACGAAUUUUUUCUACAUUUUUUGCCUACGAAGAGCACCAUUCUGGGAUUCCGACGCAAACGGCGCGAAUUCAAUUAGCGCACAUGGCAAUAAAAUUGCUUCAGUGAUUGGUGAUAAGGGCAGUGGGAAUAUUCAAAGUGGUAGAGGCACCUUGGGCGAAAGGCGGAAGGUCAAAGGCACCGAAGAUGAAAAUAACGUCAAUUCAGCAAAUCCCGUGAUCAUCUCCUGCAUCUUGUGGUUGCUUCUCUCACUCGGGAAGGCGUGCUUUGAGAUGACAAACGACUUGAAGGAGCGCAAGAAAUCUACAUCGAAUGGCAAUGUUUCACGGAGGCUAUCGCUGCAGAACUUUACAUUUGCGAGAAAUGAAAGAAAAUCUUUCGGUACGUCAAAACUCUAUCGUCGAUCUACAAUUGAAUCCAUCCAGCCAACUUCCUUCGCCACCAAUUAUGAGCUUAUGAGGGCCAAUGAAGCCCACAGGAUCCUCAGCAUGUCCUCAUUCCCUACAACGCCGGUCUUGGAUCGACGUUGCUCCGUUCCGGUGAACGUCAUUAAGCAACUUCCACGACAGUCUAGUCUGGGGUGUCAGACAUUGCUUCAGAGGCAAUUUUCAGGGGACAGUGGAUCUCCGGGGGGUGCAGACAGAAGUCCCGAAGUCAGUUGGAUAUGGAGGAGAAGCAAAGAGUUGAAUUGCCCAGCUCAUUGUCAUCCUCACAGCCAGAAGUCCGUCUGGAGCGAACACCUAAUUUAUCAAUCUACGCAUAGUGAGGUGAUCACCGCGCCAAUUUGA